AUGUACCUGAUCACCGUGUUUGGGAACCUGCUCCUCAUCCUGGCUGUCAGCUCAGACUCCCACCUGCACACACCCAUGUACUUCUUCCUCUCCAACCUGUCCUUUGUGGACAUCUGCUUCACCUCCACCACCAUCCCCAAGAUGCUCCUCAGCAUCCAGACCCAGAACAGUGUCAUUACCUAUGAAGGAUGCAUCAGCCAGAUGUACUUUUUCAUACUCUUUGCAGGACUGGACAUCUUUCUCCUAACCAUGAUGGCCUAUGACCGGUAUGUGGCUAUUUGUCACCCUCUGCACUACAUGGUCAUCAUACACCCCCAGCUCUGUGGUAUCCUCGUCCUGGUGUCUUGGCUCUCAGCUGUCUCCUUAUUUUACUGUACGAGCAUAAGUGUGUACCUCCGCUCUGCUGCUACCCCCAGCUCACACUCAAGUGCAGCAGCCUCAGUGAUGUACACCGUGGUCACACCCAUGCUGAACCCCUUCAUCUACAGUCUGAGGAACAAAGACAUUAAGGGGGCUCUGAAAAGAUUCACUGGGGUGGAAACAAUAAAAGGAUUAAUCGUCCAAGGGUGA